ACCCCGCCGCGCUCCGCUCUUAGGGCGCGCUUCGCCCCGCCUGCCCGCAGUCGCCCGCCGCCGCCGACCCGCGUUGAACCGCGAGGUGCUGAGCCGAACCGCGUCGAACCGUGCGGAGCUGUUGUCGCGAUGAUGCCUGGCAGGACGAUUCGCAAACCCGCGCCGCCCGCCGCGCCUGCAGAGCGGGACGCGGUGGCUGAGUGCGCGCUGGAGCUGCGCAGGAUCGGCGACAAGGCGGACCUACGGCAGAAGGUCCUGAACCUCAUCGCGAAACUCUUCUGCCCCAAAACGUGAGCGGCCGCGCCCGCGGUGCUGAAAAAAAAGGGGAGAUUUCGGCUUUGCAGAUCUGGAACGAGAGAUUUCACUUACACUGGGAGAUGAAGAAAGCUCUUUGACUUGUGUUUUGCUACCUGGAGCCACCGAAGGAUGGCUGUCGCUACGCGAUUUCUUUGGGAAGUGUUACAGCAUUAUUAUGCUUUGUGGAUGCCAAGUGGAAAAAAAAAAAA